AUGGGAACGCUGUUUCAAGUGAUCCCCUUUGAGGAUGCCACCCCGGAAACCAUUCCUAUGGACACCGCGGCUCCCAGCCCUUCCACUUUGGUUCGAGCCGCCGUGGAAACCGUGAGCAAGAUUGUCAAUGAAACGCUCCUUAAGGACACCGACUCUGCCUCCAACUCCUCUUCCUACUACGCUUCCAGUCCAGCCAGCGAUGCCUACUACGGAUCCUCCUCCUCCUCUUACCCCGACUCCUACGGCUACGACGACAGUGCGAAAGAUUCCUAUGGCGCGUCGGACCCGUACGGCUAUGAAGACUACGGCCAGGGCGACAAGAAGAAGGAAUAUGGAAAGGACUUUUUCUACGGAGCCAUGAGUGUCGCCGUGCUGACUCUAGGAUUGGUCAUUGCCGUCGAAUUCAUUUUGCACCGCAUUGAUCAUUCCGCUAUUGGAAAACCAUUUUAUCAGGCCGUAUUGGAUGCCGUCUACCGAGAGUUGGCGGUUCUGGGUAUUGUCGAGUUUGGUGUCUAUGUGAUGCAACAGUACUACGAGUACGACAAGGACAAGAAAGCCGUCUUUGCCGAUGUGCACUUUUUACUCUUUUACACGGAUAUCUUCAAUGCCCUGCAAGCCGUCAUUCAAGCGUAUGCCACUCAAUAUGUCUCGAACAAACUCUGGGUCCGCACUGAAGAACUCGAACUCGAUCACUACGUCGAAAUCCGAGAGGAAUACGACCGGGUCUACGAAGAACUCUAUGGCAUUCCACCCGAAAUGGUAGACGAAGUCGGACAACCACCACGAUCGGGAUGGGUCAACAGUCUCUGCAACACCCUCUUUCGUCCUCGCCUCAAGGCCAAGUACAAUGAACUCCUCCUCCAAGUCCGUUUCCAUGAACUCCGCAUUUACUUUUUGCAAGCGUACAAGUUGCCACUCAAACUCAAAGUGUCCGACUACUUGUUGCGGUCGGAACAAUCCGUCAUGAUUUCCCUCGUGCACAUUUCGCCCAUUGCCUGGUUGUGGUUGACGGCGCUCUGUAAUCUAUUGUACUACCUCGCGGGGCUCAUUGCCGAUCGAACCGGAGAUGGUAAUGAUUCCGCCACCUUUUAUUCCAUGGUAUUCUUUGUCGGCAUGGUCUUGUUUGUCGUCGUGGCCUUUCUCGUCGACAAGAGUAUGCUCCAGAUUUUCAAUAAGAUCAUGAAAUCCAAGCACCUGUGGGCAUUCCAGGACGACGGCGAAGACUCGGAUGCUGACGAAGAUCUGGCCACGGAACAACGCAAUCUCUUCUUCAUGGGAGAUCCACAGGUUGUCAUCACCAUUAUUCAGUUUAUGCAGUUUGGAUAUGCCAUUGCCUUUUCCAUUGUCAUUAUCUACUGGAACGACAUGAAGAAGGAUGACUUUGCCAAUCCACACUGGUAUUUGUGGGGCUCGGCCGUCUGCUACAUCCUGUUUGUCUACCAAAUGGCAUGGGUCGUUCCUCGAUACACGCUCUGUACCAACUUGGGACAGCUCGUGGACAAGCACUUGUUGCGCGAAACCGUGGCGUCAUUCAAACUCAAGGAAGCGGAACGAUUCCGUACUCAAAAGCAUGAUGACGAAGACGAUGGUCGUGGCUUCUUUGGAUAUGGAGAUGAAGAUCAUGCCGCCAUGACUUACAAUAAUAACUACAACAACAACGAGCCCAAGAAGGACACGGACUCGGAUAGUACCCCCUCGUCGACCGAUACGGCAACUGUGGGAACAUUCACCAAUGUGUCCUCCGGCAUGAGUCCUGCUGUUUCGGCAAGCGACCUGGUGUCCAUGGACACGGCCGCGCUCAAGGAAGCUGCCAUUGCCAUGAAACGUCAAAAGCGAUCCGAGUCUCGUCGCAGGGCCAAGUCCGAUGGCGUUGCCUUGAUGCGUCGAGUUACCAUUGAGGAAAUGGAAAUUGAUGUGGACGACAUUGCCGAAGCCGAGACGAGACGUCAAAAGUCUCAAUCCGCAGGUGUCGAUGAGAUGACGGAAAGUGCGAUGCGAAGGCGAAGCGCCCAAGACACGGACUUGAACCGAAGCAGAGCACUCAUGAUGGCAGACUUUGUCAAGAUGGAUACUCAAACUCUGAGGAACGUGGUUCAAGGAGACAUGGACACGAGCGACCCUUCUGCGCGUGUAAGGAAAAAGUCAUUUUCAGGAGGCCCUGGAAGACAAAGGUCUCUGUCCGGAGGCACCGGUAGAGGACGGUCGUUGUCUGGAGGUGUCGCUGCCAUGGCAGCCAUGGUGGAUGUCUCCGAACCAGAGGAGACUGGUCGGUCUAGCCGAAGGGGUUCACGUGUCAAGUCCAACUCUGCCAGCUCUGCCGUAAACCGAAUGCGACAAAACAGUUCAGGCGUUUCCUCGCUCAAAUCUGCAAAGUCAAAGUCUUUGAUGAUGGAUGACGACGAUAGCAGUGUCGCAUUGAGUGAGGUUGAUAGCGCACACUCGGCUGAUCGCCAACAUAAAGAAGAGGAACACCGUGAACCAUUCUCCUUGCACAAGUGGCUAUGCAAUUUCUUUACCGGCGGUACAUUCCAUUUGGUGAGCCAGGUCGCUGGAACGAUGGUCACUUUCUUCAUCGUGGCCAUGCGUGUGGAAGGAUUCCUUCAAAAGCAGUGUAUUGUUCCAGAGGCUGACUUCUCUUGGGAUUUGCCGCUCUAUUGGAGUUUCCUCUUGGAGGCAGUCUGGCUCAUUGCUGCUCUCGUUACUACAGCUUUGCUUCUCUUCACAUUCUCUUGCAAGAGUAAAUGGAAGCGCGACGAUUGGAAUGCCGUCGUUGCGGCCGGUCUGAACCUGGGUAUUGUCGGAAUGUGCUUGGGCCUCCUUAUGUGGUCAGAAAUGGAACGUUGCUGCUCUGGAGACGAAUAUGACGAGGCUGAGAACGGAGCUUACGAUGAAGUCGACAGUAUGUAUUACGACAGUCGCUUCCUGCAGUAUGGCAAGGAGGCAAAACCAUGCAAAGACGAAACGUUCGAUUGCAAGUGCGAUGACUUUGGUUACCGAUUGAGCGGUGGUCUUGGGAGCAUCGAGCCCUGGACUGCAUUGAUUGGAUUGCAAAUCUUCCGGUUCGUACUUGCCGCGAAGAUCACGAAGCUCCUUAAUCUCGGAGCGGAAGAUCACCACAAAGGCCACGGACAUGAUGAUCAUGGACACGGGCACGGACACGGGCACGGACACGGUCACGGGCCAAUGGGAGUUUCGGAUGCAUGGCAAGCUGCUAUUGCAAAGCAUCCAGAUAUUGUUGAAAAGUACGGCGAAUUCAGCGGAGAAGUUCUUCAGGCCAUGCUGGGUCUUGAGGUCAUCGAGCGUCGCAAGAAGAGGGAUUCCAUCUCGUCCAUUCCUACGAUCGAAGUUGACAAGGACAGUGUGAGCCGCCAACGAGAGCAAAUCGCUCUCAACGACUUCCGAUACAGCACUCUUGCUCCAGAAGCUCAGGAGAUCAUUGCAGCAGGAAUGGUGGGUGCGCCGGUGAAAGUUCGCUUCGCCGAACCGAGAAAGCUCCCGUCUGGUGAUUCGUCUCUUGCCGCUCCGAUGGCUCCUCUUGAAUUUGAGGUUGACCGGCAGCAAAACCGACUCGAAAAGCUGCAGCUCACAACCACAUUUGAAUUCCCGAAUGCUCGGGUGAUUCGAAGCAUCAGGCGUUGUGACAAAAUGUAUCACCCACUGUUGAAGAAGUGGACCGCUGUGGAUGUGAUUUUGACCAAACACGAAAUGGUGUACGUUUUAGUCAACGAGGACUCUACGGUUGACUUGGCCAAGUCAAGAGCUUGCCGCGAAGCUCUUGUUGCGACCAAAGGUGGCAAAGGCCUUCGUCUUUGUGAUGUUACGGCUACUCGUCGGGUGCUUGGGCAUUUGAACCUGGAGGACAUUACAGCUGUGCACGUUGAUCGAGAAGUCGAAGGUUCGGCUCGAGUGACCGGUUCGACUCGAUCGACGGAGGUGGAUGUCGAUGAGGAGGCAACAAAGCUGGUUCAACCGCAUGAGUGUUGGCAGCGUGGCGGCGACGCUGAGUUUGAUGGCUCUCUGCUCGCUGAUCGGUGGAACUGUGUCAUUCAAGACAAGUUGAAGAUUGAAACUCACCACGGAACACUUUACCUCCGUUUCUAUUCCGACCUUGUGGAAAGUGAGAACCACCCCGAACGAAACAAAGGCUCAUCAGAAGAUGCUCCUCUUAUCAAGGACAUUGCAUUCCAGUGGGCGCAAACCAUUGUCCACCUCUGUGUCGACCAGCUCAAGCAGUCCCUUCCCCACUUCGGUGCAAACGACAGUGAGGAGUUGCGAGAUUACCUACACAUGGUGUCCUGCUAG